CAUGCGGGAGGUAGCUGCAAGCAUUGUAAAACACGAUGUUCCCGAGGCAUCAAACCAUCCACAACCCAAAUACUCUCUGCAAGAGAGAGAGAGAGAGAGAGAAUCAGUCGGUGGGGAAGAGAGUGAGGGGAAGAGAGAGGAAUACUCUGUCAGUGAGGUAAGAGAGCGAGAGAGAGGAUGUUGGGACCUUGUCGUCCACAGAUUGUGUUGUUUGGGUCGUCGAUAGUGCAGUUCAGCUUCGCUAAUGGCGGAUGGGGGGCUACCCUGGCCGACAUCUACGCCCGAAAGGCAGAUAUUUUAUUGCGGGGCUAUUCUGGUUGGAACACAAGGCGUGCCCUCGAAGUGAUAGAAAAAGUUUUUCCCAAGGAUGCAGACAUACAACCUUCUCUAGUUAUAAUGUAUUUUGGGGGUAAUGAUGCCAUGGGUCCUCAUUCGUCUGGCCUUGGCCCUCACGUGCCUCUUUCUGAAUGUAAAGAGAAUCUGCGAAAACUAGCGAAUCACAUCCUUAGCCUUUCUGAAAAAACAAGGCUGAUCCUUCUUAGUUGUCCUCCUGUCAAUGAAGACAUGUUCCAGUCCACUACAAGUGGUAUAUUUGGUCAAGUAACUCGAUCAAAUGAGAUAUGUCGACAGUACUCAGAAGCAUGUAUAGAGCUCUGCAAGGAGAUGGGUUUAAAGGUGGUUGACCUUUGGACAUCAAUUCAAAAACGAGAUGAUUGGGCAACUGCUUGCUUAACAGAUGGUGUUCACUUCUCCUCUGAAGGGAGCGAUAUACUGGUGGCAGAAAUACUUCAGAUUCUCAAGGAAGCUGAAUGGGAACCAUCUUUGCACUGGAAGGCUUUGCCUACUGAAUUUGCUGAAGACUCACCCUACGACCUUGCUGCAUCAGAUGGGAAGAGCACUCUGAACAUAUCAGAGUGGAUAUUCCACAGGGAGGACAAGUGGGACUAGACCCUGCAACCCAUCAAUAGAAUGGUUUCAACUCAUUUAAGCUCAUUAUAUUUCAUUCUGUACACAAGGAAACAUACCUUUGCAUAUUGCGUUGCCUCUUUCCUUUUAAUUAUCGCAAGAGACUUGGAUGUGAGUGGCUCGAGUAGGGAGGCAGUUUAUCAGGCCAUGCCUGGGCUUCAAGGUUUGCCAACCAUUUUAUAUAAUUCCACAGUGGUCAUUAUUUGGUCAAGAAAGUCUAAAUCUCUGCGCUUUCACUUUGAAAUUGUUAUAAAUGUUUUUUUUUCUUUAUACUCUUACAUAGAAUCAGUGUGAUCACAUGGGUUGGUAAGGAAUGAGACCCAGAAUUGUUAGCUUAAGCAUUA